GCACAGCUACACAGGUCACAGGUUACUGACUAACAGACUAACUGUCUUACAGACCAUAGUACAACAUUAAAAAUUUAUAAAUUCAAUUUUUAAUUAACAAAUAUGUCUCAUUGUCUCAUACAUGCUUCAUGUACGAUUAACGCCUACUCAUGACUAAAUAAUCCUUAGACAUGUUCCUAUUUUUUAUUUCUAUUGGCUGUUAUUCAAGAUAUUAGAUGAAUUAUUAUUCUUAGAUCAUAUAUAUAUAUAUAUAUAUAUUAUCUAAGAAAUUAUUGACUAUUGUUCAUACGAUCCAUAGACCUUUUGAGGUCUAUAUUGUCUCUAUGAUACAAUCAUACUUCACUUUGAUUAACUGUGAUAAAUUUAAAAUGAUAAUUAAACAUAUAAUAAGCACAUACAAGAUUCAAACUAAAAUUAAAUUCAAAGAAUUAUCAGAUUAAAAUUUGCCAAACUUCGCCCAAUUAAUUAGAACUUCAUAAUUAAGAACUGUGCACUCGGUGAUAAAACAUAAUGGCAUCAGUGCAAAGUAAACCAUACAGAGAUCAUCCAAAGUUAAAAGGAUCUAUAGAAAAGAAAAUAACUCAUGAUAUUUGUCAUAAUGAAGAGUCAUAUGAAAAAAUGCCAUUAUAUACCUCAGUUAUGGCGUGUUUGGGAUUUUAUUUUUUGAUAUUUAUUGGAAUGAUCAAUCAUAUCAUUUUUACUCCCAAAGUAGCUACUGAAAAAAACAGAAAGGGAUAUCCACCACUGUACAAUAAAUUUGAUAGCAUAUUUUUGAGGUAUGUAUUUCGGCGAGUUAAAGAUUGUUUUAAUCGAGUAGUUUGUGGUGUACCAGGUGCAAAGAUUGAUAUUGUUGACAGGGUAACUAACGACAGUUGUUGGUCAUUUGAACUGUUGGACACAAAAUCUACUUUUCUUAAUUUAGGUUCGUAUAAUUACUUAGGUUUUGCUCAAAGCCAAGGUCCAUGUGCAGAUGAUACCAAAGAAAUAAUAAAGAAAUAUGGUUGGGCAGUCAGUAGUUCACGUCAGGAACUUGGAACCAACAUUCUUCAUUUAGAGCUGGAACAACUAACAGCUGCAUUCUUAGGUGUUGAUGAUGCUAUAGUAUUUGGGAUGGGAUUUGCCACUAAUGCUCUGAAUUUACCUUGCAUCAUAAAUUCUGAAUGCUUAGUAUUAAGUGAUGAAUAUAAUCAUGCGUCUGUUAUUCUGGGGAUACGACUGUCUGGAGCCACAUCUGUAGUUUAUAAGCAUAAUGAUAUUGUACAUUUAGAACAAUUAAUACGACAAAAUAUUGUUUCUGGUCAACCAAAAACCCAAAAACCUUGGGAAAAAAUAUUCAUUGUAACUGAAGGCAUUUUUAGCAUGGAAGGAUCAAUAACAAACCUUCCAGAUAUAAUUGCCAUUAAAAAAAAAUACAAAGUUUAUUUAUAUGUCGACGAGGCUCAUAGUAUUGGAGCUUUAGGACCAAACGGCCGAGGUAUAUUUGAUUAUUAUAACUGCUGUCCAAAAGAUGUUGAUAUAUUAAUGGGCACAUUUAGUAAAUCAUUUGGUUCUGCUGGAGGGUAUAUAGCUGGAAGUAAAGACUUAAUUAACUAUUUAAGAGUAAAUAGCCAUGCUUCAUGUUAUGCAACAUCUAUGGCACCACCUGUAGCUCAAGUAAUCAUAACAUCUAUGUCAAUGAUAAUGGGAAGAAAACAUGGGGAAGAAGGUAGAAAACGAAUUAUCCAAUUAGCAAGUAAUGUCAAAUAUUUCCGAAGGAAACUUAAGGCCUUAGGUUGUGUAGUAUAUGGAAAUGACAAUUCUCCUGUUAUUCCGAUGUUGGUAUAUAUGAUAUCUAAAGUUGGGGCAACAGUUAGAGAGUUCAAUAAAUUUAAUAUAGCUACAGUUGGUGUUGGUUUUCCWGCUACUCCAYUACUUGAAGGAAGAAUUCGUUUUUGUAUGUCAGCUGCUUUGACAAAGGAACAACUUGAUGAAGUUCUUGCUGCCACAGAAAAAAUAAUGAAUAAACUGGGAUUGUGCUAUUCUAGAAAACCUGUUGCUAAUGAAGAAAUACUAUAUGAGAACCCAUAUUAAUUUAAAGACUAUUGUUUUUAUUUUUGUUUCCUAGAGUUCACUAAUUUCCUAUUACAUACAUUUUAUUAAAUUAAUACAUAAACAAUAAUAAAACCAAGAAAAAAAGUGUAACCAUGAUUAUUGUGUAAUAUACAAUGGUAUACUUCUAUAUAGGGAUCUAAUUUUAAUUAACAUGUACAAUACUCAUUCAACUUAAACGCAGAAUUAAUAAAAAAAUAUUAAU